UUGAAAUUACGCGCCACAAAAGUCAUGGAUAAAUUAUUUUAUUCCACCAUAACAUUGGAGUUGUGUAUGAAUUGUAGUUAUUUAGCGACAGGAUUGCUAAACGCUUUAUAACGCAAUUUGACUUUUUGGAAGUAAAAUGUCUUUACUCAAACCAUUUAGUAGACUUACUGGACUAAACACAGCCAACAUACUGCUGGUGGAGAACGAAGAGCAAUUUCAGCAGAAGUUAGCUGACACUGUUGUUCUUCAAGAGAAGACUGUCAAUGUCAAUGUAAGGUUGGCCAGAAGCCUCCCACUACCCAUGGAAAACGAGGAGUCUCGGCCACGGAUAGAUCUGGUGGUUUUCAUCAUUCACCUAACCUCAGAGCUCAGCUUCCAGUCAGCAGAGACCUCCCUCAAGUAUUUAGACCCAGGUUACUUCCAGGGCAAAGUCUGCUUCCUGGUUACCAGUGCUCGUAAUGUGUCAGUGCCCCCUGAGCGGCUGGUCUCUGUGAGGACGCUGGCUGCAUCCCUCCACUGCCCCCUAUUGUGUGCAGAGGAUCAGACAACAGAGGGGGUGACCACGGCAGCACACCGAUUACUGGCCAUUCUCAAGGUAGCGGCCGGUCUUGUCCCUAUGGCAACUAGUCUCUACCUGUCCACCUUGACCCGCUGCACUGUGCCCUCUGACAUUGACCAGCAGAACUUUGAGUGAUCUUGACCUUUAACCCAGUCCAGAACAUCACCUGGACGAGCCAAGUCUGGUUGACCAGGUAGUUACAUGGAAUGUUACUUGUGCUCAAUAGCUAUUGCAGUCUCUAAAGCAGAUACAUGUAACAGGUUUAUAUAGAGUGGACUGCAUGUGAUAUCGUUAAAAUUUUGUUUGUAUAUGCAGAAUGUUUACCAUGCACUUAGUAGCUUUUUUUUUUUUAAAUACAUUUUUGGUUUUGUUCACAUUGUAAACUUUUAACCAUUUAUAAUUAUUAUUUUUUGGGGCUUUGAUCUCAUUUGUAAAGAAAUUGUCUGGUAUCUUUGUAAAUAUAAUUGGGGUUACACACUAACCUUACUUUUUACAAUGUCACUUGUUGCUGUGUCAAUAAACUGACAUUAGGUGGAGUGCCUGCUGCCUGGCGAAA